AGAUGGCGGCACAUGUAAACAAUCACUCGUCCGUUGCGUCGUUGCUUAGUUGGUCUUUACGGUCGCUGGUGGCUAACUUCAGUUGCCAUGCCAACCACGUACACGCCCUUCCCCCGAACAUCAAGGACAGGCUGGUCCAUCUCAUGAGCAAGAGGGGGGUCAUCAAGGAUGAUAACAUCGGAAAGGUGGUUCAUCAGAAGAUGCGAGAGUUGGACCUGAGUGAGAGUGAGGUCAGUGACCUGAGUCUGGAGCAGCUGUCCGUGUGCCGGAACCUCCGUAAGAUUGACCUGAACGCCGUGAAAGGGAACACAACAACUGUCACAACUGCAGGGAUCCUCUCCUUGGUACGGUCCUGUAACCUUCUCCAGGUCGUUCACCUGCGGAGGUGUAUCGAGAUUACAGACGAGGCGAUCGUGGCUCUGUCGGAGAACUGCCGCCAGCUGAUGUGCCUGAACAUCGGCGGCUGUGCCAAAAUCACAGACAGGUCACUCCAGGCACUGGGACAGAACUCCAGGAUGCUGAGAAGUAUCAACUUUGGACACACUAAGGUCACUGAUGAUGGAGUCAUUAGCUUGGCUACAGGAAAAUGCAGACAGUGUCUGACGGAAGUCCACAUGGAUGGUUGCCAGCUGCUGACUGAUGAUGCAGUAGAGGUUAUUAUGGAGAGCUGUCCUCGUAUCUCCAUCCUCAUCUUUCACAGCUGCCCCCAAAUCACAGACCGUUCCAGAGUUGCUCUGGAGGAGUUGAGUGGACCCAACUCCAAGAUGAAACAGGUGACCUGGACCAUCUACUGAAUCAUGCUGGCGAGUGGCAUGGAACGACUUCCAACAGAUAAUCAAAUUUAAAGGU